GCGAGUACUAAGUAAAACAAAACACUCCCGUUUCUUCACUGUCUCCUUUCUGUACUUUACUGAGCUUUGCCACUAGCCCAUAACCCAAGGGAUCUUCAUAGUGUAUCUUUGUUUUAUCUUAAUUUUCAAAAGAAAACGAAACCCCAGAAUUUCAAAUUUGUUUUUCUUUACAUACAUUGCUGGUUUUUUUUUUUGCUUGUUUGCUGGGAAAAGGAGAGAAAGUUGGGGUUUUUCUUUAAAAGGUUGUUGUUAAGUAAGCAAAUGGGUUUUGUGACUUUGGGGAUGAUGUGUGUUGGGUUGGUGUUGUUUUUGACUGUGCCGUUUUCUGCCGGAACUACUGACCCUCGUGAUGUUUCGGCAAUAAAUAGCUUAUAUACUUCUCUGGGCUCCCCACCUCUUCUUGGGUGGAUUCCUGUUGGAGGAGAUCCAUGUGGGGAAGGAUGGCAGGGCGUUUCAUGUGUCUUCUCGAAUAUAACAGAGCUACGGCUGAAUGGCAUGAACCUGGGAGGAGUUCUGGAUGAAGGCAUUGGAGACUUUGAAUCAGUGAUAAUGGUGGAUCUGAGUCACAAUCAAAUUGGAGGGAGUAUUCCAUCUAACUUGCCUCUUACCAUGAGAAAUUUUUAUCUUUCAGGUAAUCAAUUCAAUGGGAGCAUCCCUGCUACUUUGUCUACCUUGACACAACUAACAGAACUGUAUUUGGAUGAUAACCAUCUAAGUGAAGCAAUACCAGAUUCUUUUCAACAGCUUAAGAGUUUGAUCGAUUUGGAUCUAUCAGGAAAUAAUUUGAGUGGUCUGUUGCCUCCCUCUUUUGGAAACUUGUCAUCUCUUACCACACUGCACUUGCAGAACAACAGAAUAUCUGGGCUCCUUGAUGUUCUACAGGAUCUUCCCCUAUCAGAUUUGAAUGUUGAGAACAACAUACUCUCUGGUCCGAUACCUGCUAAGUUGCUAAAUAUUCCAAAUUUCAGGAAAGAUGGAAAUCCCUUUAAUACUACUAUUCUUCCUUCACCACCAUUAGCACUCCCUCCAUAUAUAGACUGGGCUCCAUCUCCUUUGGAAGGAUCCAGGGGACCAGCUGGUGCACCUUCUAGUGUCGAAUUACCUCAGUGGGCAAGAGCAAGAAAAUUUUGGACGAAGGAUAGGGUUAUUUGGAUUGCUGUUGCAGGGCUUAUAGCACUUGUUGUCUUAGUAGUGUUUCUGCUUUUCAUGUGGAGAUGUUGUAAACGUAGGCAAGUGAACAAAAGUUCUGACAGGCAUACUAGUGAGAAGCUUAAUCAGAUUAAUAAAUCAGAGAAAGUUGCUAAAGAGGCAGUCAUGAAGCCGGUCGAUGGAUAUGGACUAGAAAGGGGAGGAAUGAGAAUAAGUUCGAAGUUACCAGAUGAACAGGUUGCUGAUGUAAUUAGGGUGCCUUCAAGUUCAAGGACCCAAAAAAAUCAUGAAAUAAACAAGGGAGGUGUGGAUGUGAUGCCCGUUUCACUACGGCCACCACUACCUCCUCCUUUAUUUCCCCCUGUGGAGGAGGUCAGUGUAAGCCCGAUCAUGCCAGCAGGAGUAAAUGGAGGUGCUCGCUCUUCUAGAGCUCAGGACUCAUGUUCUAUGAGUGCCUUCACUGUCGCAUCACUUCAGCAGUACACAAAUAGUUUUGCUGAGGAAAAUUUUAUUGGAGAAGACAUGCUCGGCAGUGUGUACAGGGCUGAGCUUCCAGAUGGAACGCUACUUGCCAUCAAGAAACUGGAUACCAGAGCUUCCAGGUGGAGGAAUGAUGCAGAAUUUCUUGAAUUAGUAUCUAUUAUCUAUAAACUUAGGCAUCCUAACAUUUUGGAGCUUGUGGGUUACUGUAAUGAGCAUGGGCAACGGUUACUAGUCUACGUAUGCAGAAAUGGAACACUGUAUGAUGCGUUGCAUGUUGACGAUGGGAUCCGUAAGAAACUUUCUUGGAAUGCACGUGUUCGAGUGGCGCUUGGAGUUGCAAGAGCCCUACGUAAAUUUCUGCAUGAAGUUUGUCAGCCACCGCUUGUGCACAAGAAUAUCAGGUCUGCAAAUAUUCUCCUUGAUGACAAGCUUGCAGUUCGUGUCUCAGAAUGUGGUUUGGCUCCUUUGGUGUCAUCUGGCUCUUUAAGUGAGUUUUCUGGAAGCCUUUUUGUAUCCUAUGGUUAUGCUGCCCCAGAAAUUGAGUCAGGAAGUUAUACUUGCCAGAGUGAUGUCUAUAGCCUUGGUGUUGUAAUGUUAGAACUUCUCACAGGGCGAAAAUCCUUUGACAGGUCACGGCCUCUAGGGGAGCAAUUUCUUGUUAGAUGGGCAAUUCCUCAGCUUCAUGAUAUUGAUGCGUUAGCUAGGAUGGUUGAUAUCGCUCUAAAUGGAGUGUACCCAGUGAAGUCAUUGUCACGCUUUGCAGAUAUAAUAUCUAGAUGUGUACAGUGGGAGCCAGGAUUCAGACCACCAAUAUCUGAAAUCGUCCAGGAUCUUUUGCACAUGAUUUAGAGGCGA